UGAAUGCCAUAUAAUUGAGCUCAUCAUCAUCAUCAUCAUCGAACACUUUACAACCACUUAUCAACCCUUUUAAUUCUCCGGCAAUGGACAAUGUUGACUACCGGCACCAGAGAUCCGCCUCUCGUCUGACAGUGGCAGCACACUUAUUUGGCAUCUUGGCAUUUAUUCUCAUGCUUGUUUGGUUAUUGCAUUUUCGGGGAGGCAUCGAGUACGAUUCUGAUGACGUUAAUCGUGUUUUCAAUGUUCAUCCAUUCAUGAUGUUCUGCGGAUUCAUCUUUGUUUUUGGUGAAGCAAUGAUGAUGUACAAAACCGUACCAUCAUCACACCAAGCACAGAAAUUAUGUCACAUGAUACUCCACUUAAUCGCCCUGUGCCUUGGAAUUGUUGGCAUAGCAGCUGCUUUCAAGUUCCAUGACAUUAUAUAUUCACAGGAUGUUUACAGCCUGCACGCCUGGAUUGGAAUAAUCACCAUUUGCCUAUUUGGCUUGCAGUUGCUGUUUGGUAUGUUCACAUUCAUAAUUCCACAACCUUCAAUCACAAAGCAAAGAAUGUUACCAUGGCAUAUAUGUGGAGGAAGGAUAAUCCUAUACAUGGCUGUAUGCGCAGCUCUAACUGGGCUGAUGGACAAAUCAUCCUUCCUCAAGCUUACAAGUAAUAGUGAAGGUCGUUUGGUGAACUUCACUGGAUUAUCUGUCCUCCUUUUCGCAAUUUUUGUUGAUAUCUCCGUUGUUCUUGCCCGUUACGUGUGAUUAUUUUUGAUAUUAAUUCUUUCUAUAUAUUAUGAUCAUUGUGUAUUAUUUUUUCUAAUUGGUGUAACUUGAAUUAUGGCUUGCCUAAUCGGAUUUUUAUAUUGUAUUA